AUUCCACCCCCCCGGCCCCGAACCAAAUAGCGAAGACUCGUGAGUAAAAGAAAAACCCUAAUCAUAACUAUACCUCUAUAUAAGCCGAAGCUGCACUGCACAACUCAAACCUCGGCGGCGUAGUGAGAAGUCGUAUAUCGGCUAGGAGGAGGAGGUUAGUAGAAAUGGCGGUUCCAUUGCUGUCCAAGAAGAUCGUGAAGAAGAGGGUUAAGAAGUUCAAGAGGCCGCAGAGCGAUCGGAAGAUCUCUGUCAAGGAGAACUGGCGGAGGCCCAAGGGUAUUGAUUCCAGAGUACGUAGAAAGUUCAAGGGAUGUACCCUGAUGCCCAACAUUGGAUAUGGCUCUGAUAAGAAGACCCGCCACUAUCUUCCUAAUGGUUUCAAGAAAUUUGUUGUGCACAAUGCCAAAGAACUUGAGUUGUUGAUGAUGCACAACAGGACUCACUGUGCUGAAAUUGCUCACGAUGUAUCCACAAAGAAACGGAAAGAGAUUGUGGAACGAGCUGCUCAACUGGAUAUUGUUGUCACGAACAAGCUCGCCAGGUUGCGUAGCCAGGAAGACGAGUGAGAAUACAGUAGGAUUGGUUAUGUUUACUAAUCUUGGAUGUCUAGUGUUGUCAAUUUUGGAUCUUUCUUUUUUCAUUAGUAUACUUGAAUGAUAUUCUUCAGUUUCUGCUUGGAAAAUCCUUUUUUAUCAUUAAUAUUUUGUUUAUCUCAAGUCUCAGAGGCAAUUAUGAACUCUAUAGCGUCGAUGAGACUUAUUUCGGUUUUAAAUAGUUUUUUUUUUGUGGGA